AUGGGUGCCACAAAGAAAGUCUGUGUGAUCGGAGCCGGAGCUAGUGGAUUGCCUGCAAUUCGUCAUGCUCUGCUCUACAAAUGUGAUGUCGUUUGUUUCGAGGGAGCACACGCGAUCGGAGGAUUGUGGAGAUAUAAACCAGAAGAGACUGAUGAGGGAACUGUGAUGAAAACGACAGUGAUCAACACAUCAAAGGAAAUGACCGCCUAUUCGGAUUUCCCUCCAUCGCCCGAAGCCGCCAAUUUCAUGCACAACUCUCAGCUUUUGCAAUACUUCAACAACUACGCUGAUCAUUUCAAUUUGCGAAAGUACAUCAAAUUCAAUCACAAGGUACUCAACGUUGAGAGAAACGAGGAUUACGCGAAGACGGGUCGCUGGAAAAUCACCUACAAGAAUGACCAAGGAGAGACGAAAGUCGAUGUUUUUGAUGGGGUUCUCUGUUGUACGGGACAUCACACAACUCCUUACACUCCGGCUCCGUGGCCUGGACAAGACAAAUUCUCCGGCAAGAUCAUUCACUCUCAUUCCUACAAAGAUCAUCGAGGAUAUGAGGACAAAACCGUUGUCGUUGUUGGGAUCGGCAACUCGGGCGGCGAUAUUGCGGUCGAGCUUUCGAGAAUCGCGAAACAGGUUUAUCUUGUCACUCGUCGCGGCACUUGGGUUUUCAAUCGAAUUUUCGAUUACGGUGAACCGUUCGACUUUGUGGUGAACACUCGAUUCGCCCAUGCUCUUCGCGGCUAUGUGCCUAUGCAAUUGGCCACUUGGAUGAUCGAGUACAAAUUGCAGUCUCGUUUCGAUCACGAAAAGUACGGCCUUAAACCGGCGCACCACGUUUUCAGCGCUCAUCCAACAGUCAACGACGAAUUGCCCAAUCGGAUCGCGUGCGGAAUGGUGCGAGUGAAGCCGAAUAUGAAAGAGUUCAAAGGCAAUUCAAUCAUUUUCGAGGAUGGCACAAGUGUGGAGAAUAUUGAUGAAGUUAUCCUUUCCACCGGCUACUCAUUCUCUUUCCCGGUGCUCGAGCAAGGGAAAUUAAUCCCAGUCACGGAAAAUGAGGUCGAGUUGUACAAGUACAUGUUCCCGCUCAAUCUCGAGCACAACACUUUGGCUGUGAUUGGACUCAUUCAGCCCCUCGGCUCAAUCAUGCCGAUCUCCGAGAUGCAGGCCAGAGUUUUCCUAUCAACCCUCGUCGGCGAAUCCCAAUUGCCCAGCCGAAAAGAAAUGCGCGAGGACAUUGCAUGCAAACAAAAGCGAAUGGCCGGACAAUUUGUGAAAAGUCGACGACAUACCAUUCAGGUCGAUUUCACACCCUACAUGGACGAGUUGGCUUCGCUGAUCGGCGUUGAGUUGGACCUGAAAAAGAUGUUCUUCGAAGACCCGGGAUUGGCGAUGAAGGUUCUUUUCGGGCCAAAUGUCGCGUACACUUACCGUUUACAAGGACCACACAAAUGGCAAGGGGCAAGAGAAGCGAUUAUGUCAGCACAAGAGAGAGUGAUCAAGGCGACAAAUAUGUCCUAUCGUCCAUCUUUCGUCGGCAAUUUGGUUGAAAGCAAAAGCCGAAAAAGCGCUCAUUCAUCGCGAGAACCAGAUGAUUGUCCGAUUCAAAUUCUCGGCUCUGACGGAAAUGUGAUCACGGUCCCCUCAUCAAUCUUAAUCCAGGCCGGGAUCAACAUCCGCGACUCUGAAGAGCUCACACAUCAACAGGUGCCAGUU